UCGGCUGUGGCGGCGGGACUGCAGCAACGGCUGGCGGCGGGAGCCCGUGGACGGGCAGGAUGAAGCUGCCGCUCCUGGUGGCCGCACUCUGCGCCGGGAUCCUGGCAGGGGCGCUCCGCGCGCGGGCCCAGCACAGGGAGAGAGUGACCUGCACACGCCUUUACGCCGCCGACAUCGUGUUCCUGCUUGAUGGUUCUUCGUCCAUCGGCCGAGGCAACUUCCGUGAAGUGCGAGGUUUCCUGGAGGGCCUUGUGCUGCCCUUCUCGGGGGCGGCCAGCGCACAGGGCGUGCGUUUCGCUGCGGUGCAGUACAGCGAUGAUCCCCGGACAGAGUUUGGCCUCGAUGCGCUUGGCUCAGGGGGCGAUGUGAUCCGAGCCAUCCGUGAGCUCAGCUACAAGGGGGGCAACACGCGCACGGGGGCUGCGAUUCUCCACGUGGCUGACCACGUCUUCCUGCCCCAGCUGGCUCGACCUGGUGUCCCCAAGGUCUGUAUCCUCAUCACAGACGGGAAGUCCCAGGAUCUGGUGGACACAGCUGCCCAGCGGCUGAAGGGACAGGGGGUCAAGCUGUUUGCCGUGGGGAUCAAGAAUGCCGACCCCGAGGAGCUGAGGCGAGUUGCCUCACAGCCCACCAGUGAUUUCUUCUUCUUCGUCAAUGACUUCAGUAUCUUGAGGACCCUGCUGCCUCUUGUUUCCCGGAGAGUGUGCACGACUGCAGGGGGUGUGCCUGUGACCCUGCCCACUGAUGACUCAACCUCCGGUCCCCGAGACCUGGUGCUGUCUGAAGCAGGCAGUCAGUCCUUGAGAGUACAGUGGACCGCGGCCAGUGGCCCUGUGACUGGCUACAAGGUCCAGUAUGCUCCUCUGACAGGGCUGGGGCAGCCGCUGUCCAGCGAGCGGCGGGAGGUGAGCGUUCCCGCUGGUGAGACCAGCACGCAGCUGCAGGGUCUCCGGCCACUGACCGAGUACCAAGUGACCGUGGUAGCCCUCUACGCCAAUAGCAUCGGGGAGGCCGUGAGCGGGACAGCCCGGACCACUGCCCUGGAGGGGCCUGAGCUGACCAUCCAGAACACCACGACCCACAGCCUCCUGGUGGCUUGGCGGAGCGUGCCGGGUGCCACUGGCUACCGUGUGACAUGGCGGGUCCUCAGUGGCGGUGUCACACAGCAGCAGGAGCUGGGCCCUGGGCAGGGGUCAGUGUUGCUGCGUGACCUGGAGCCUGGCACAGACUACGAGGUGACUGUGAGCAGCCUGCUCGGCCGGAGUGUCGGGGCGACCACCUCCCUGACUGCCCGUACCGAUGCCUCUGUUGAACAGACCCUGCGCCCGGUCAUCCUGGGCCCCACGUCCAUUCUCGUUUCCUGGAACUUGGUGCCUGAGGCCCGUGGCUACCGGCUGGAAUGGCGGCGUGAGAGUGGCUUGGGGGCGCCGCAGAAGGUGGUGCUGCCCCCUGACGUGACCCGCUACCAGUUGGAUGGGCUGCAGCCGGGCACCGAGUACCGCCUCACGCUCUACACACUGCUGGAGGGCCGUGAGGUGGCCACACCUGCCACCGUGGUCCCCACUGGGCCAGAGCUGCCUGUGGGCCCUGUGAUGGACCUACAGGCUACCGAUCUGCCUGGGCAGCGGGUGCGAGUGUCCUGGAGCCCAGUUCCCGGGGCCACCGAGUACCGCUUUGCUGUGCGCAGUACCCAGGGGGUUGAACGGACUCUGGUGCUUCCUGGAAGUCAGACGGCCUUUGAGUUGGAUGAUGUCCGGGCUGGGCUAAGCUACACUGUGCGGGUGUCUGCUCGGGUGGGCGCCCGCGAGGGGGGCGCCAGCAUCCUCACGGUCCGCCGGGAACUGGAAACCCCACUUGCCAUCCCAGGGCUACGAGUCGUGGCAUCGGAUGCUACACGAGUGAGGGUGGCCUGGGGCCCCGUUCCUGGAGCCAGUGGAUUUCGGAUUAGCUGGAGGACAGACAGUGGUCCAGAGUCCAGCCAGACUUUGCCCCCAGAAUCCACUUCCACAGAUAUCACAGGGCUACGGCCUGGCACAUCCUACCAGGUGGCUUUGUCAGCACUGCGAGGAAGAGAGGAGGGUCCCCCUGCGGUCAUCGUGGUUCAAACUGACCCACUGGGCCCAGUGAGGACUGUCCAUGUGACGCAGACCAGCAGCUCAUCUGUCACCAUCGCUUGGAGCAGGGUUCCUGGUGCCACGGGAUACAGGAUCUCCUGGCACUCAGGCCGUGGUCCAGAAAAAUCCCAGCUCGUUUCUGGAGAGGCCACGGUGGCUGAGCUGGAUGGGCUGGAGCCAGAUACUCAGUACACGGUGCGUGUGUGGGCCCGUGUGGCUGGUGUGGAUGGGACCCCCACCUCCGUGCUUGUGAGGACAGACCCUGUGCCCGUGGGCAGUGUGUCCAAGCUGCAGAUCCUCAAUGCUUCCAGUGAUGUUCUUCGGGUCACCUGGGUAGGGGUCCCUGGAGCCACAGCCUACAGACUGGCCUGGGGCCGCAGCGAGGGUGGCCCCACGAGACAGCAGGUGCUCCCAGGAAACACGGACUCCGCAGAAAUUCGGGGCCUCGAAGGCGGAGUCAGCUACUCGGUGAGAGUGACCGCACUGGUCGGAGACCGCGAGGGCGCGCCAGUCUCCAUUGUCGUCACUACACCGCCUGAGGCUCCGCCAGCACUGGAGACCCUUCGCGUUGUGCAGCGAGGGGAGCACUCGCUGAGGCUGCGCUGGCACCCGGUGCCUGGGGCACAGGGCUUCCGUCUGCGUUGGCGACCGGAGGGUGGCCAGGAACAAUCCCGGGUCCUGGGGCCCGAUCUCAGCAGCUAUGAACUGGAUGGGUUAGAACCAGCCACCCAGUACCGCAUAUGGCUGAGCGUUUUGGGGUCAGCUGGAGAAGGGCCCCCCACGGAAGUGACUGCACACACUGAGUCACCCCGUGUCCCAAGCACUGAACUGCGUGUGGUGGACACUUCAGUGGACUCAGUGACCCUGGCCUGGACUCCAGUGUCUGGAGUAUCCAGCUACAUCCUGUCCUGGCGGCCACUCAGACGCCCUGGCCAAGACAUCCCUGGGGCCUCGCAGACACUUCCAGGGAUCUCGAGCUCCCAGCAGGUGACGGGUCUAGAGCCUGGCCUCUCCUACAUUUUCUCACUGAUACCCAUCCGGGAGGGUGUACGGGGUCCUGAGGCCUCUGUUACACAGAUCCCAGUGUGUGCGCAUGGCCUGAUGGAUGUAGUGUUCCUGCUGCACGCCACUCAGGACAAUGCUCAUCGUGCGGAGGCUGCAAAGCGAGCCCUGGAGCGUCUGGUGUCUGCACUUGGGCCUCUCGGGCCACAGGCAGUGCAGGUUGGCCUCCUGUCCUACAGUCAUCGGCCCUCCCCACUGUUCCCGCUGAAUAGCUCCUACGAUCCUGGCGCCAUCCUGCAGAAAAUCCGCAGCAUCCCCUACGUGGACCCAAGUGGGAACAACCUGGGCACUGCUGUGGUCACUGCUCACAGGCAUCUGUUAGCCCCGGAUGCUCCGGGGCGCCGCCAGCACGUACCAGGGGUAAUGGUUUUGCUUGUCGAUGAGCCCUUGAGAGGUGACAUCUUCAACCCUAUCCGUGAGGCCCAGGCUGCUGGGCUCAAAGUGAUGAUUCUGGGCCAAGCCGGAGCUGACCCAGAACAGUUGCGUCGCUUGGUGCCGGGCGUGGACCCUGUCCAGACUUUCUUUGCUACGGAUGAUGGUCCAAGCUUGGAGCAGGCAGUCAGUAGUCUGGCAACGUCCUUGUGUCAGAUAGGCUCAACCACCCAGCCACAGCCAGAACCUUGCACGGUGCAUUGUCCAAAGGGCCAGAAGGGACAACCUGGAGAGAGGGGCCUGAAAGGACAAGCUGGGCCUCCUGGCCCUCCCGGCCUUCCGGGCAGGAUUGGUGUUCCUGGCCCCCAAGGGCCCCCAGGGAGUGCUGCUGCAAAGGGUGACAGGGGCUUCCCUGGGGCAGAGGGCCCUCCAGGCAGCCCUGGCCUCCCUGGGACUCCAGGAAGCCCUGGCUCAAAGGGUUCCCCAGGGUGGCCUGGUCCUCGCGGAGAACCAGGAGAGCGAGGACCUCGAGGCCCGAAGGGGGAGCCGGGAGAGCCCGGACGAGUCACUGGAGGCGAGGGCCCAGGACUUCCUGGGCAGAAAGGGGACCGCGGACCUCCAGGCCUUCCUGGACCCCGUGGCCCACUGGGGGACCCAGGACCCCAGGGGCUUCCAGGACUCCCUGGAACGGCCGUGAAGGGUGACAAAGGCGAUCGUGGGGAGCGGGGCCCUCCAGGACCAGGUGAUGGCGGCACUGGUCCAGGCGAGCCUGGGCUGCCGGGUCUUCCUGGAAACCCCGGACCCCAAGGCCCAGUUGGCCCCUCCGGAGAGAAAGGAGAAAAAGGUGACUGUGAGGACGGAGCCCCAGGUCUCCCAGGACAACCUGGGAGCCCGGGUGAGCGGGGCCUACGAGGACCUCCUGGAGACAUUGGCCCCAAAGGUGACAGAGGACUGAAAGGGGCUGUGGGUGAGGCCGGAGAGAAGGGUGAACGUGGAUCCCCCGGCCCAGUGGGACCCCAGGGCCUGCCUGGAGUGGCUGGACGUCCCGGACCCGAGGGGCCCGAAGGGCCACCGGGACCCGCCGGCCGCCGAGGAGAGAAGGGGGAGCCUGGUCGCCCUGGGGACCCUGGAGUGGGACCUGACGGUGCCGGGGCCAAAGGAGAAAAGGGAGAUGUGGGGCCCCCUGGGCCCAGAGGAGCAGCAGGAGUCAAAGGGGAACGGGGUCCACCCGGCUCGGUUCUUCCUGGAGACCCUGGCCCCAAGGGAGACCCUGGAGACCGGGGUCCCAUUGGCCUCACCGGAAGAGCAGGACCCCCGGGUGACUUGGGGCCUCCUGGAGAGAAGGGAGACCCGGGGAGGCCUGGCUCCCCAGGACCUGUCGGCCCCCGAGGACGAGAUGGUGAAGUUGGAGAGAAAGGUGACGAGGGCCCCCCGGGUGAUCCAGGUUUGCCUGGAAAAGCUGGCGAGCGUGGCCUUCGGGGGGCACCUGGAGCUCGGGGGCCUGUGGGUGAGAAGGGAGACCAAGGAGAUCCUGGAGAGGACGGACGAAGUGGGAGUCCUGGACCGUCUGGACCCAAGGGGGACCGCGGGGAGCCGGGUCCCCCAGGACUCCCUGGACGGCCGGUGGAGCCCGGACUUGGAGCUGGAGAGAAGGGAGAACCUGGGGACCGUGGACAGGAGGGUCCUCGAGGACCCAAGGGUGAUCCAGGCCCCCCUGGAGCCUCUGGGGAGAGGGGUGUCAGUGGACUUCGGGGGCCCCCAGGCCCGCAGGGAGACCCAGGUGUCCGAGGCCCAGCAGGAGAGAAGGGUGAUCGGGGUCCACCUGGCCUAGAUGGCCGUGGUGGGCUAGAUGGGAAACCAGGAGCCCCUGGCCCCCCCGGGCUGAACGGUGCUACGGGCAAAGCUGGAGACCCAGGGAGAGACGGGCUUCCGGGCCUCCGAGGAGAACAUGGCCCCCCUGGCCCACCUGGCCCCCCUGGAGCCCAGGGAAAGCCCGGAGAGGACGGCAAGCCUGGCCUGAACGGGAAAAACGGAGAACCUGGAGACCCUGGAGAAGAUGGGAGGAAGGGAGAGAGGGGAGAUUCGGGCGCCCCUGGGAGAGAGGGUCGCGAUGGUCCCAAGGGUGAGCGUGGCGCUCCUGGUAGCCCGGGACUCCAGGGCCCCCCAGGCCUCCCAGGGCAGAUGGGCCCCUCUGGGCAGGGUUUUCCUGGGGUCCCAGGAAACGCAGGCCCCAAGGGUGACCGUGGGGAGACUGGACCCAAAGGGGAACAGGGCCUCCCUGGAGAGCGCGGCCUGAGAGGAGAUCCCGGGAGCAUAGGGAAUGUGGAGCGGUUGCUGGAAACGAUUGGCAUCAAGACAUCUACCCUGCGGGAGAUCACGGAGACUUGGAAUGAGAGCUCCGGCAGCUUCCUGCCCAUUUCGGAGCGGCGCCGUGGCCCUAAGGGGGAGCCAGGCGAGCGGGGGCCCCCCGGCAAGGAGGGCCCCACCGGCUUCUCUGGAGAACGCGGCCUGAAGGGAGAUCGUGGAGACCCUGGCCCUCAGGGGCCACCAGGCCUAGCCCUUGGAGAAAGGGGCCCCCCCGGACCUCCCGGCCUUGCUGGGGAGCCGGGGAAGCCUGGCAUUCCUGGGCUCCCAGGCCGGGCUGGGGGCCCGGGGGAGGCAGGGAGGCCAGGAGAGAGGGGAGAGCGGGGAGAGAAAGGAGAACGCGGAGAACAGGGGAGAGACGGCCCUCCUGGCCUCCCUGGACCUCCUGGGCCCCCUGGCCCCAAGGUGGUUGGGGAGGAGCCAGGGCCAGGACUCUCUGGAAUGCAAGGACCCCCUGGAUUCAAGGGCGCCAAGGGGGAGCCAGGCAGCGAUGGCGACCGGGGCCCCAAGGGAGACCGGGGUAUGCCGGGCCUCAAGGGAGACCGGGGAGAGCCUGGACAGAGGGGUCUUGAUGGCAACCUGGGCCUACCGGGAGAGCGUGGGGUGGCUGGACCCGAAGGGAAGCCGGGUUUGCAAGGUCCGAGGGGGACCCCUGGCCCAGCGGGUGGCCAUGGAGACCCUGGGCCGCCCGGUGCCCCGGGCCUUGCUGGUCCCGCAGGACCCCAGGGUCCUUCUGGCCUGAAGGGGGAGCCCGGAGAGACGGGACCACCAGGACGGGGUCUGCCUGGACCCACUGGAGCCGUGGGACUUCCCGGCCCUCCUGGACCUUCAGGCUUGGUGGGUCCUCAGGGGGCGCCAGGUUUGCCCGGACAAGUGGGGGAGACAGGAAAGCCGGGAGCCCCCGGUCGUGAUGGUGCCGGCGGAAAAGAUGGGGACAGAGGAGCGCCUGGCGUGCCGGGGUCACCAGGUCUGCCCGGCCCUGUUGGACCUAAAGGAGAGCCUGGACCCAUGGGGGCUCCUGGACAGGCUGUGGUCGGGCUCCCUGGAGCAAAGGGAGAGAAGGGAGCGCCUGGAGGCUUCGCAGGAGACCUGGUAGGAGAACCGGGGGCCAAAGGUGACCGAGGACUGCCAGGGCCUCGGGGUGAGAAGGGUGAAGCUGGCCGUGCAGGGGAGCCUGGAGACCCUGGGGAAGAUGGUCAAAAAGGGGCUCCUGGACUCAAGGGUAAUAAGGGUGACCCAGGAGUGGGGGUCCAGGGCCCCCCUGGGCCAGCUGGUCCUCUAGGUCUGAAGGGAGAUGUGGGCCCUCCCGGCCCCCCCGGUGCUCCUGGUGUUGUCGGAUUCCCUGGUCAGACAGGCCCUCGAGGAGAGAUGGGUCAGCCAGGACCCAGUGGAGAGCGGGGUCUGGCAGGUCUCCCUGGGCGAGAGGGAGCCCCAGGUCCCUUAGGGCCACCUGGACCACCAGGGUCAACGGGAGUGCCCGGGGCCUCUGGACUCAAAGGAGACAAGGGAGACCCUGGAGCAGGUCUGCCCGGGGCCCGUGGCGAGCGUGGGGAACCAGGUGUCCGGGGUGAAGAUGGCCGGCCCGGCCUGGAGGGACCCCGAGGACUCAUGGGGCCCCCGGGCAGCCGGGGCGAGCGUGGGGAGAAGGGUGACGCCGGAGCCUCAGGGCUAAAGGGUGACAAGGGUGACGCAGCCAUGGCUGUAGGGCCCCCAGGGCCACGGGGUGCCAAGGGGGACAUGGGUGACCGAGGGCUUCCAGGCAUAGAUGGUGACAAAGGACCUCGUGGAGACAGUGGGAACCCUGGAGAGAAGGGCACCAAAGGAGAGCCUGGUGACAAGGGUUCAGCCGGAUUGCUGGGAGCUCGUGGACUUACGGGACCCAAGGGUGAGCCUGGCAUUGCAGGGAGCCCGGGUGACCCGGGAUCCCCAGGAAAGGAUGGAGCUCCUGGUGUCCGGGGAGACAAAGGAGAUAUUGGCUUCAUGGGUCCCCGGGGUCUCAAGGGUGAACGAGGGGUAAAGGGAGCCUGUGGCCUUGAUGGAGAAAAGGGAGAUAAGGGAGAACCUGGUACCCCAGGCCGCCCUGGGCUGGCAGGACGCAAGGGAGAUAUGGGGGAGCCAGGGGUGCCGGGCCAGGCAGGGGCCCCUGGGAAGGAGGGCCUGAUCGGUCCCAAGGGUGAUCGAGGCUUUGAUGGGCAGCUGGGACCCAAGGGUGACCAGGGCGAGAAAGGGGAGCGGGGGCCCCCAGGAACUGGAGGCUUCCCAGGUCCUCGGGGCGGUGAUGGCUCUAGUGGUCCUCCUGGGCCACCGGGCAGUGUUGGUCCCAAAGGCCCGGAAGGACUUCAGGGCCAGAAGGGUGAGCGAGGUCCCCCUGGAGAGAGAGUGGUGGGUGCCCCUGGAGCCCCUGGGAUCCCUGGAGAGAGAGGAGAGCAGGGGCGGCCAGGGCCCCCCGGCCCCCGCGGGGAGAAGGGAGAAGCCGCGUUGACGGAGGGUGACAUCCGAGGCUUGGUGCGUCAGGAGAUGAGUCAGCAUUGCGCCUGCCAGGGCCAGUUCAUCGCAUCUGGAUCACGACCCCUCCAUAGCUAUGCUGCCGACACUGCAGGCCCCCAGCUCCACGCCGUGCCCGUGCUCCGGGUUUCUCAUGCGGAGGAGGAAGGUCAGGUGCCCCCUGAGGACGACGAGUACGAAUACUCUGAGUACUCUGUGGAGGAGUACCAGGACCCGGAAGCUGCUCCGGCCGGCGCCGACCCCUGCUUGCUUCCGCUGGACGAGGGCACCUGUACGGCCUACACCCUGCGCUGGUACCAUCGGGUGGCGGCAGGUGGCACAGAGGCUUGUCACCCCUUUGUCUAUGGCGGCUGUGGAGGGAAUGCCAACCGUUUCGGGACCCGUGAGGCCUGUGAGCGCCGCUGCCCGCCCCGCGUGGUCCAGAACCAGGGAACAGGUGCUGCCCGGAGCUGAGGCCUAGAUGACCAGCUGAGACUCAGCGUCCCCUGGAGGAGUCCUGCUGUCCCUCCCCUUGGUGCUAGAGGCCUGUGUGCACAUGAGCGUGCAUGAGCGUGUCCGUUAUUUCAGUGACUUGGUCCGUGGGUCUAGCCUUCCCCCCUGUGGACAAACCCCCAUUGUGGCUCCUGCCUCCCCAGCAGAUGACUCAGUGUGGGGGUGGCUGUGGGCAGGGAGCUGAUGUGACUGCAUCUGACCCGCCCCUUGACCCAGGCCUAUGAUGACAUGGUGCUGAUUUGGGGGGGGGGGGCAUUAAAGCUGCUGUUUUAAAAGGC